UACUGGUGUUGACGGUGGCAAAUUGUGACAGCAGAUUUUGAAUUUCCACCCUCAUUUAAAGUCUUUUAUGGCUUUAUUUUGUGUAACAAGUAACUUAAAACGUGCAAGACCUUUUAUGUCGUUACUGAGAUCGAGAUCGAUAAAUACUUCUUCAUCUAGAGAUGUUCAACUCAAGUUGAAGACAGACGCCCAAUCAAUUUUUCAUGCUGCUCUCGGCGCGGUUUCUCCUCAGGAGAUGGUAAAAAAUAACCUUUUGUUUCGUCAGAAUAUUCUGUCCAUCAUGGAUCAUGAAUAUGUUGUCGAUAAAAAUGUCUCCGUGGUUGCGUUUGGGAAAGCUGUGUUAGGAAUGACUAAAGCAGUGGAGGAUGUUCUGGGAGAUCAGAUUGUCCGGGGGGUGGCCAGUAUUCCCGUAGGACUCCCCCACGCCAUUAAGGCUUCUGGCAAUAAAGAACUGAUUGAAAAGUCCACCCUCAGUGAGCUCAGCACAAUAGAAAUCAUUGAAGGAGCAAAGAACAACCUUCCAGAUGAAAUGGCUCAAUAUGCCGCUAGCAGGAUUAAAGAAGUAGCAGAAAGCAUGAGCAACCAAGACAUUCUUUUGGUCCUUAUCUCGGGAGGGGGCUCAGCCCUCCUUCCAUAUCCUGUUGAGGGAAUUACACUGGAGGAGAAAUUGAAAACAAUUAAAGUAUUAGCAUCAAGAGGGGCUACUAUUCAUGAGCUUAACACUGUGAGGAAAAACCUAUCAGAUAUCAAAGGAGGAAAGUUGGCCGAAGCUGCCUUCCCUGCAAAGGUGGUGACACUCAUCCUCUCAGAUGUGAUAGGUGAUCCUCUUGACAUCAUUGCCAGUGGUCCAACAGUACCUGAUCCAUCAACUCCAGCUUAUUGCUUAGAAAUAUUCAAGAAACUCAAUGCAGAGGAAGAGAUUCCAGAUGCAGUUAUUCAGUAUCUACAGCAAUCAAAACAGAAAACAGAGAAGCAAGAAAAAAUAAAACUGAAUAAUUUUUCUCAUGUUCAGAAUGUCAUCAUAGGAAGUAAUCGCUUUGCGGUUGAUGCUGCUGUGAAAAAAGCCCUAGUGCUUGGCUAUGCACCUGUGGUGCUGUCCACGAUGUUAAGUGGUGAAGCAAGAGAUGUGGGAAAAAUGUUCUCAGAUGCAGCUAAUUUAGCUUGGAAUGGGCAUCUGUCAAAAAUGUCACCUUAUGGCCAACAUGUAUUGACUAGCAGUAUUGUUAAUGAGAUAUUAACUGCACGUAAUGAGCAAAAACCAGUUUGCAUCAUUGGUGCCGGAGAAACCACAGUCACACUGAAAGGGAAAGGUAUAGGGGGGCGUAACCAAGAGAUGGCACUCACAUUAGCGAUAGAUAUUUAUGAAAAUCUAGAACAGUUUUGUAAUGAUGAAAACAAUGGUGGUUUGGUACUACUCAGUGCAGGAACAGAUGGCCAAGAUGGUCCCAACCCAGCUGCAGGAGCAAUGGCAGAUCCAUAUCAAGUAACUGAAGCUAAAGAAGAUGGACUUGAUGCUAAACAGUUCUUGGAAAAUAAUGAUUCUUUUUCCUUUUACUCAAAAUUUAAAAAUGGAAGGGACCAUGUGGUGACUGGAUUAACGGGAACUAAUGUAAUGGAUAUUCAGAUUUUACUUGUAUCUCCACCUUCAUGACCACAGAAAAAGAGUGGUACAUGAAGUGGUAGAAGACCCAGAGGGUGGGUCUGAGGGCUCUGAACCCCCACCCUAUCAGACCCAUAGGUUUUUUUUUACUACUAAUCUGCCAAAAAAAUUCAUACAAGGACAGGGUUGUAUGUUACUUAAUUCUCAACAGAAGAAUUUCAGUUUAUUUGUAUUUAAAUAUUUCUUGACUUAACUGGGCUGUAGUGUAAAUAGAAAUUUCUGUCUUUUUUGAAAUCGAAAGUCAGGUUCCUUCUUCCCUGUAUUCACCCCUGUUCCUUGGUUUUGGUUCCCUCAACUAACAUGUAAAAUGGUUUACCUUUAAAAGACAGUAGAUAGCAAAUAAAGUUUCCAUUCAAGAUGAAUACUUGGAUUUUUCAAAAUUGCA